AUGUGCUUGACCGACUCGGGACAAUUGACGGUUCUGGACGGAGCUGUGAAGCCGCCUGGUCAACUACUCGACAAUCAUCUCUACAUCCUGCUGGCCGGUGUCCCCGGCAGCAACGAAACCGCCCUCCAAAGGUUCAACUCUAGAAAACAGCCCCGUCAACCGAACAUCUUCGCCCACGGCGAGAACGGCCUUCCGGGAUUUAUCAAGUCGUUCGAAGUGGAAGGGCAGGAGGAGCUGGAGAUUCUAGUGCGGCUGGGUGUCUUUGAACUUCCACCACCCCAACUUCAGCGAAUAGCUCUCGACCGCUUUGGAGACGUUGUGCAUCCACUGCUUCCUGUCUUGGACAUUAAUGAGUUCCGAGAGGCGGUAUUUGGGAACGGCUCAGCGAAAAAAGUGCCGCUUCUUCUCUACCAUGCCGUGAUGUUCAUGGGGCUGGCCGCCACCGAGACCGACAUCCUACUGCAACUGCCUGGCGCCACCACCAAGCCGGACAUACUGGAUUCUUACUAUCAAAAAGCCAAGACGCUGAUUGACCUGGACGUCGAAAAGGAUCGACUGGUCAUUUGCCAGGCUUCAAUCUUGAUCGUCAACCAUCCCUAUCAACAAGGGCCAAAGGACGCGGGCUACUGGAGCGGCGUUGCAAUCGCGCAAGCCCACGCCCUCAGGCUCUACAGAGCCGAGCAGAGCGCCUUUACAAACCGGGAAUUCAACGUUGAACGGAUCCUCUGGUGGUCGAUACUCGUACGAGAAUGUGAUAUGUGUAUGCUGAAAGACCAACCCCCUCGGGUGUGGCCACAUGGUACACCGAUGCUCUCGAUGAGUGACUUUGGACUGGCAGAGGAUAGCGAAGGACUCGCGGCCAGGCUGGCUCGGACCUAUAUCCUCCGGGCCAAACUCACCUUGCGGAUAUACCGGGUUAUGCGCAGCCUAUACGAAGAUGUCAAGCCCUGGGAUCCCAAACAAGUCACGGUGAUGCCCGUUUUGCGACAGCACAUGGCGUUAUUACUGGGCUCCUGGCAUGACGAUGUUCCCGAGGAGCUGCGAUGCGAGUACCUCAUGCAAAAUGGGUUUGGAGCCAGCCAGCCCGGGGUGGCCUGGGCCAUGUGGAUGUGCGAGACCGUCUACUGGGCGGCCACCAUGCUUGUUUACCUGGGAGACCUCCGGCUGGACGAUCUGGAGCAGAAGGGGAGGGAAUACCUGGCUGAUCGCCGUAACCAGCCUGCUCUGCGGCAUGCAGCAACCCAAAUCACAAAGACCUUGGCCGAGCUCUUGACUUAUAGCACGAAUCUAUUUCUCCCUCACGUUGCUUACUUCUUCCUGGCCGCCUUCAUCCACCUGCAGGACAGCAAGUCCACAGACCCGGAGAUCCACCAAAUCGGCCAGCGGAAUCUCGAGAUCUCUCUUCAAGCAGCGCACACGCUGUCCAAAGUCUUCCCGUUCCUGGCCGAGAUGGACAGCAGGUUCGGCCAGCCGCAGGCGCCAUCCUCAGACCAGCCACCGCCCGCCCAACAAUCAUCCAACCAGGCUUCUCUGGUCAUGGCACCUGGCAGACUGCCUGCUCGCAAUACCUGUGCAAGCGGCCAUGGCGACGACGAGCAGUCGCAGGGUCCUUCUCCCGACCAGAUAUUCCAAGAGAAUAGCCGCGUAGAGGGGGAUGUGGCUGGUUGGUGCGCAAACGAAUUUGGGGAAGACUGGUUGUACAACAUGAGAGCAUCGUUACCUUGA